AUGCCUCCGACAGAGAUCCCGGGUCUGAAGCGCUUCUGCCGAGAAGCUUUGUUGGAAAGUGGCUUACAGCGACGUUUGCUACAAGCAGCUGCGGACGCGUGUCCAGGGCAGGCUGCUCGCGGAGGCUUGCUCACCAAGGAGCAACGCACUUGGGUGAACAAUCUGCUGGGGCGCAAGCUGUGGCAGCACGUACGGGAAGAGCACAAGACCGUUCUGGCGGACAGCAAUGCCCGAACACCAGAGCUGGCGUACCUGUUGCCCCACUUAGAAAGCUUGCUGGCAGCACAGGUGCCAGCAGUUGUCCCCAAGGCCGCAGCCGUAGUGGCCACUUCUUCAACACCCUCACAGUCUUCACGUGCUGCAAGAGGCAGCGCGGAUGGUGGUCAAACGGCGGCAUCCAAACGGAAGCCGAAGGCUGCCGCUUUCACAGACUUCAGCAAAAGGCACCAAAGACAGGUGCUUUCCAAUCUCAUGGGCAUUAUGGGGCCAUGCUGUCCGUCGAAGGCGGAUGCGGUUGCAGUUCUUUCCGGAUUGCUGCAGAAGGUCGAGGAGUUGCACCCUGGAGCCUCGCAAGAGGUGCAGGCAUCCAUGGUAAGCGAUUGCUACUGCGAGCCGCUUGUGAGCGAGCUGGCUUCCAUGCGGAAGGAAUGGAAGAACCACAGCAUGCCAGUUGCACGUGCCCUGGACAGAGCGAUCGAACGCAGCGGUUUCAAAGCUGAACGCUUGGUGUCGUUGAACUACUUCCAAGACAAGCAGCAUGCUGCUGCUGCACUCAAGCGGCGAGUGCAGAAGUGGCACAUGAAGAGCAAGGGAGGCAGGCCUUCUAAGGUGAAGUCAGCCUUCUGGCAGUCAGCUGUGAAAGAAGUCCUAGACAACUUUUCUACGCCGUCAAGCAUCACAUGCUUGGUACCAGGCACGCGUGAAAGGCGGCUGGUGCGCAACUUGUGCGGGACGCCGACAAUGGUUUGGCGCAGCUCUCCAAGUCUGCGCGGGUUGGACUUCAAGCAGUUUAGCGUGAUCCGCCGCAAGUACUUUCCAGAGUACAAGAAAGGCCGCAGGCUCACUGAUCUUUGUGAUCACUGCGCGGUGUAUGACCGCAAGAUACGACCGCGAACACGGGAGUUCCUGGUUCGAGCACAGCGCGAGCUGGAGGAACGGGAGUUGUGGGACUUGACAGUGUCACGCUCAGGGUUCGAGGGUGGCUGGUUGCAGGGAUACUGGGCUCCGGUGCUGAAGAUCUCUAAGUACUCUGGACUGCUCGAGAGAGACGACCUUUGCAGUGCUUUGGAACACUUCGUGGAGAUCGUUGGCAGCGUGCACGAGCGGCGUUGUCAAACCGUACGCCAGCAGGCGCCGCAUCCUCAGCUCAUUAAUCACGUUGAAGGCUCUUUGCGCAAGGAGGCCAUGCUGCACGCAGAGAUCGUGAAUGCAUACACCUGGCAUCUAGCCGCCGCGCAGAUGGAACAACGCCAGAUGCGGCAACUCGCUGCAGAGUUGCCGAAGAAUUGUGCUUACGCUCAUUGCGAUUACAUGGAGAAGUUGCCAAUUCCCAUCUCGAACCGAGAAACAUCUGACAUGUUUCAUGGGUCCACAAGGAAGACGAUUUCCGUCUUCGGGAUGUACCUUGUUGAAUGUGAUGCCGAAGGUACCCGGCAGACGACCGCGAUCAUUCUUCUUUCGGAUGUGAUUGAGCUGUCUGCCAUGUUCGGGAACCUCUGCAUCAAGCGUGCAUUGCGGCAUGUCAAGCGUAUGGGAUCCCUAGACUGUCUUUACCUUGGCUUUGACGCCGGAAAUCAUUUCAGAUCUUACGAGAACUUACAUGAGUUUCUUUACAGGAUCCCGGCGGAGACAGGCCAGACAUGUCGGGUCAACUACCUCGUCGAGAAGCACGGAAAAUCGAUGGACGAUGCGGAGAUAUUCAGCCCUGUCCGGCGUUGGCUUGAUGAAUUCCUUCUGGUUGAUGGUGCAUUUGCAGAUUCCGAGCAUGCCAUCCAGAAGAUCUUGGACAAGGCGGCCAAACGAGAAUGGAAGCAAAAUCCCGUCGGAACGAAAUUCAUCGUUGAAGUCUUCGAGCCGGGUCAGAAGCCGAACAAGUCGCUGGAGCUGGUCUUCGAUGACGACGCUGACAAUCACAUCACGCGAACCUAUUCUUGGCUUUCCAAGCCGACAGGCAAUGCCAGGUACCCCGUCGCGAUUCAGAAUUGUUUAUUUAGCUCUGCGGCAGCUGGUCGGCGGGCAACCUUCAGUAUCGCGGAGAAGCUGGUUCCUGCGGAUAGACGCGAUUGGAAGCGUGGCUACUGGGGCGAAUCGGCAACCUGGCGGCGAGGGCCGAUCCAGCCCGGUCAGGUUAACGAAGUCAUCCGCAAGUACAGGGAGCAGCUCUCUGUCUGGAGGCAACCGCUGCCAAGAGCGCGGCGGGCGACGGUGUUCGAGGAGCUGGCAGCCAGAGACGAGCAAAGGCUGCAGAAGGUGCAGUCGCGCCAGCGCAAGAAGCGCGAGGCAGCCCUUGCCGGCCAGGAGCCGUCGGACUCCGAGACCAGCUUGUAG